UCUUCAGGGAGGUUCACCCUCUAAUCUGAACAUGAACCUGUAUGCUACGAAGAAGACAGCGUCUGAGGGCAUGUUGGACAUCGCUCUGUUCCUGGCUAACAUCACACACAUGAAGACUGUCAUCGAACAAGGAGCUGGAUACAGGUACUACGUUGCUGUCCUGGUACUCAUCUCCUUCUCCCUGGCCCUGCAGAUAGUGGCUGGAAUCCUGAUCAUCAUCAUUGCCCGCAGGGACCUGAACGUGGUGUCCAAUCAGAAACGUCUGGACUACCUAAACAACCUUGCUACAGGCGUCAUCUUCGUCACCACAGUGAUAAACUUCUUCGUCAGCUUCUUCGGCUCUAAGAGGACUGGCUUCUUCCGCUGGCUGCUGGCUCGACUCCACUUCUGACACACCCUCAUAAACUCACACAUCAACAUGUUGAUUCAAAAUUUAUAUUCACAAUUCUGCAUAAGAUCAAAUAACACUUCUCAUUUAUUUGAUCCUUUUUAUAAUGUAUUCACAUUGUAAUCCAACUAAAAUAUUUCCCAUUUAACCAACAAAAUAUCUAUGUAAAUAUGCAUUAUUUUAUUUUCUGCAAUAACAUAGUUUGCAUAAACUCUGCAUGGGUUCAAAUAUGUGUUUUGACAACUUUUUUAGUGUCCCCAUUGUUUGGUUAGUGGUUAAAAAAGUGUAAUAUAUUUUCUUCUGAAAACGUGUUUGAUUUAGAAAAAGGAUUCUGUGGUUCGAUGCCAUAAAUAGAGAAAAAUAAGAGAUAUCCCUUGAUUAUGUACGUAAGAGCUGAAUAAAUCUAGCAAUUUAACUAAA